CAGGAGGCAGCUCCGCCAGAGACGCGGGUCGUGCCUCGGGAAACCGGAGGGUGGGGGGAGGGGAAGUGCGCGGAAAGAAAACCCACCGAGGCGGGGACUGGCCUGGGCGGGGUGGGGCGGCGGGGCCGGAGCCCCUCUCUGCUGGGCGGACUCCCCAUGGCCAGAGCCUGAGCUCCACUCCCGCCGGCCGCUCCCUAGGGGAAGGGAAAGAGGAGAGGAGCGGAGCGAGAGGCCUCCAGCGAGCGAGCGCGGGCAGCAUCGGCAGUCUCCAGAAGUUUGAGACUCGGCCGUGAGCAGACUUGUGCGCCCGGACUCUGCCGCCCCAGUACCAAGGGAAAACAGCAGGGACUGCCUGGCCGCGGCGCGCCGGCUUUGUCAUGAUGGCCAGCUACCCCGAGCCCGAGGACGCCGCGGGGGCCCUGCUGGCCCCGGAGACCGGCCGCGCAGCCAAGGAGCCCGAGGCGCCGCCGCCGCCGAGCCCCGGCAAGGGAGGAGGCGGCGGCGCCGGGACAGCCCCGGAGAAGCCCGACCCGGCGCAGAAGCCCCCGUACUCGUACGUGGCGCUCAUCGCCAUGGCGAUCCGCGAGAGCGCGGAGAAAAGGCUCACUCUGUCCGGCAUCUACCAAUACAUUAUCGCCAAGUUCCCGUUCUACGAAAAGAACAAGAAGGGCUGGCAGAAUAGCAUCCGCCACAAUCUCAGCCUCAACGAGUGCUUCAUCAAGGUGCCGCGCGAGGGCGGCGGCGAGCGCAAGGGCAACUACUGGACGCUGGACCCGGCCUGCGAGGACAUGUUCGAGAAGGGCAACUACCGGCGCCGCCGCCGCAUGAAGCGGCCCUUCCGGCCGCCGCCGGCGCACUUCCAGCCCGGCAAGGGGCUCUUCGGGGCUGGAGGCGCCGCGGGCGGCUGCGGCGUAGCGGGCGCGGGGGCCGACGGCUAUGGCUACCUGGCGCCCCCCAAGUACCUGCAGUCCGGCUUCCUCAACAACUCCUGGCCGCUACCGCAGCCGCCCUCACCCAUGCCCUACGCCUCCUGCCAGAUGGCGGCGGCCGCUGCGGCGGCGGCGACGGCCGCGCCCCCGGCGCCCGCGCCCACCAACGCACCGGGCCUGCAGUUCGCCUGCGCCCGGCAGCCCGAGCUCGCCAUGAUGCAUUGCUCUUACUGGGACCACGACAGCAAGACCGGCGCGCUGCACUCGCGCCUCGAUCUCUGAGAGCUCAGCGCACGCCGGCUUUGAGGA